AUGAAUAAUUCUUUUCUUUAUUCAAAACUCAAAAGGUCGCAUCUUUGAAAACAUGAAAUCUAAGCGAUUGAUUUUGCCAAAUGCAGUAGCAAUACUGAAAUUGUACAAAUCAAUUGUCUGAAGCAAAAAUCUUGCGAACGAACAUGGCGGCUUGUGCGAGAGCUCUGAUUCCUCGCCUAACUGUGGCCAAACCGGGUAAAAUUGCUCAAAUCCCUCUCCCUUACCCAGAUUUCAGCCGCAUAAACGACGUUUAUGAUGCGGUUUCAUUGUACCGUGAAAUGAUGAGCGUUACUCCGCACCCCUCCGAUACUGUAUUCAACAAAUUGUUGUCUGUUACCGUCAAGAUGAAACAUUACCUGAUUGCCCUCUCAAUGUUCGACGGAAUGCGUCAAUCGAGCGUGGUGAUGAACAACUACACGUUCAACAUCGCAAUCAAUUGCUAUUGCCAUCUCAAACGGGCUGAUCUAGGUUUUGCUAUGCUGGGCAGCUUAUUGAAGCUAGGGCAUGAGCCAAAUGUGGCGACUUUUACCACUCUCUUGAAAGGGCUUUUUAGAGAGGGUCAUUCAGUUGAAGCAGAGAUUUUGUUUGGAAAGGUGUUAGCUUGUGAGCUUUGUGAGGUUAAUGAUGUUAUGGUUGCUACUCUGAUUAAAGGGCUUAGCGAAGGGGGGAACGCUGGUGCGGCGUGUUAUCAUCUUGAGGUGUUGGCGAAGACGGGCUACAAGGCUAGUGCUCAUGCUUAUAAAACUGUGCUUGAUGAUUUGUGCAAGGGUGGGAUGGUUGAUGAUGCGAUGCAGCUAUGGCCGAAAAUGGUCGAAAGGGGCGUUUCGCCUGAUGCUGUCACGUAUACUUCGAUGAUCUAUAACUUGUGCGUUGCUGGGAGGUGGGAGGACAUGAGGAAAUUGAUUUGCGAUAUGCGUGAUGCUAAAAUGUGUUUGAAUGCGGCCGCUUUUAAUAUAUUCAUGGACAUGCUUUGCAAGAAGGGGAUGGUGAAGGAGGCGGAGGAUCUGGUGGGAAUUAUGUUGGAGCAGAGGGUUUCUCCGGAUGCUUACACUUACACUACGUUGAUAGAUGGUUAUUGUUCGCAAGGGGAAAUGGAUCAAGGGAAAGACUUGCUUGAUUACCUAGCGGAUAGAGGUAUUGAGCCCAAUAUGGUCGCGUAUACCAGCUUGAUUGAUGGAUAUUGCAAGAAACGAAGAGUAAAUGAAGCUUGGGCCGUCUUUCUUGAAGUUUCCCGUAGAGGCUUACGCCACACAGCGAGUACCUAUAACGCCAUGAUACAUGGAUUGUUGAGUGUAGGCAAAUGUGCCGAUGCCUGGAGCCUUUUCAAUGAUAUGCAAGCUCAAAACGUGUAUCCUGAUGUGAUUACGUGUAAUAUCUUGUUGGAUGGCCUGCGCAAGGAUCAUCAAAUGGAUUAUGCAUUGUCACUAGUGCACUCAAUGGAAGAGCGAGGAGUUAAUCCGAAUAUGAUCACGUAUAAUAUCCUCAUCAGUGGAUUGUGUAGAGAAGGAAAACUGGACCUCGCUAGAGAUGUUUUCUAUCUACUUCCUUCUAAAGGUUUAAGACCUGAUGUUAUGACGUAUACUGCUGUUAUCGGCUUGCUAUGUGGAAGAGGUUUAACGAGGGAGGCAAUAUGGUUGCUUAAAGAAAUGGAGAGAUGUGGCUGCCCGCCUGAUGGCGUGACAUACUAUGUUGUGAUUGAGGAGUUGCUAAAAAGAAAUGAUCUUCAGAAGGCGAUUCCAGUCUUCGAGGAAAUGAGCCAAAAGGGUUUCUCAGUCAAUUCAUCCAUGGCUUCAAAGCUUGUUUGUGAAGUGCAAAAACAACGGAAAUACAGUGUACUUGGGGAGAUGAUUAAGAGAGUUGUGCCAGAAAAAAUGCGAACUUCACUUUAUAUCGGCAGAUAGGAACUGAGGAUAAAUCGAGUUCUCGUGUAACAUCCUCAUUGAUGAAUUGUGUAGGGAAGGGAGACACGCCCUUGCAAGAGAGAGAUUCUCAGUCAACUUCCUUCCGAAGGUUUGCAACCUUGUGCUCGAACAUAUACGUUCUUCUUGGCUUGCUCCGUUAAAAGGAAUUAACGGAGGAGGCAAUACAUUUUGCUUUGAGAAAUGGAGAAAUGUGGCUGUGAACUCGAUAGGGUGAUGAACAAAGGUUUGCUGUAACGCAAUUCCAAUCUUCUGAGAGAAUGAGCCGAAAAUGUUUCUCGCUCGAUCCAUCGAUAGUGUCUAUGCUACUUGAUCAAGUGCAAGAACAAGAGAAAGAUGAUGUUGUGAAGGUGGUUGAGAAUGUCUUAACAGAUGAAAUGUGAGCUUCAUUUUUAGAUCAAGUUUCUUUAGCCAUUAUUGAAGUAGAUAUAUGUUCUUGAAUAUAAUGCUCCAAUUCUUUUAUUAGAUUGUCAAUUGAAGUUUUAUAAGUCUUAUUUUCUUGUA